UCCCUCCUCCCGAAGAAAUCCUGAAAUCCGCUGGCUCUUCCUCCAGAGCUUCUGUAACCCAGCCCAGAGCAAAUACGAAAAAAAAAAAAAAAAAAAAAAAACACCCAGUGUAGUCAUCGAGUAAAUUGACUAUAUAAGUCAUGAACGGGGGAAAGGGAAAGUUUGCGCUGCUCGGGUCCAUGUUUGUUGUGUGGAAUUACUUCUACGUGGUUAAGCAGUGAAGCGCCUCCCAGUGCCUCGGUCACAGACCUUGAAGCCCAGCGCAUAUAUGCACAAUGUAUUUUGGGUUGAGCGCGAUCCUAUAGCUGAGGAGGGUCCUUCCACAUGCCCACAGGGCCCCCUCUACCUCCACCUUCCUUCCCUUCUUUACACAUCUCCUCCUGCAUGGGCGCCCGAUGCCGGAACAUGCGAAAACAUUUGGGCAGAAACUCGGUUCCGUCGCUGGAUUCUAAUUUGAUGUUGUUUUGGGAAUAAUCUAAUCUCCCCAUUUCUGCCAGGAAAGAAUUUACGCAGACUAGGCCUAUUUAUUUAAGCUGAAAAUUGCCCAAUAAAAGUAAGUGGACACAUAAAACAGUUCAAUUGUUAGAUGUUUGAUCAAGCCACGAGUAUGGGCGAUGGAAUCGCCGAGGACCGAAACCACUGUGGAUCCAAUGCAUUGUGCCGUGAGCGCGGGAGAGACUCUAAGAGCCGGACAGAAGUGGGGAACCGGUCACCUGUGCAGAGCUCUACCGACACACCGGCGACCUCGGCGUCCACACCGACCUCAUCCAGCGAGGAUGGACACGAUAAACUUUUAGGAGUCGAUCCGGACUACUGUCGAAGGAUUCUGGUCAGAGACGCCAAGGGCACUAUCCGGGAGAUCGUGCUGCCGAAAGGCCUGGAUCUGGACCGGCCGAAGCGCACGCGCACGUCCUUCACGGCGGAGCAGCUCUACCGGCUCGAGCUCGAGUUCACGCGCUGUCAGUACGUGGUCGGGCGCGAGCGCACGGAGCUCGCGAGACAGCUCAAUCUGUCGGAAACACAGGUGAAAGUGUGGUUUCAAAACCGCCGCACCAAACAGAAGAAGGACCAGACCAAGGACACGGACAAGCGCUCGUCGUCCACCUCCGAAUCCCUCGCCACGUGCAACAUCCUACGUCUCCUGGAGCAGGGCCGCCUCCUGUCUCCCCCAAACCCUCUGCUGGCUCACGCGCACCCCGGCAAUGGCUCUCUACUGGCCAGCCCGUCCGUGUCCACCUCCUCGGGGGUGAGCAGCACCACCACGGCUCCCGGGUCGGGCAACGGUGGGACGUUCGGACUGUCGCUGUCUUCUUUAGGUGGGACUCCACCUUCGCCUCGUCUGGGAGUGCCACCACCCUCCCUUUGCUUUACCAUGCCUCUCCUGGGCGGCACCCAUCACGAACUCCCAUCGGGAUACGGGUGCGGAUCCUCAGCGUUCGAGCCCUACAUGAGGAUUGAGCGGAAGGACGGUGAGUUAGGUGGGAAGAAGACGGUUUCCUAAAAGCGUUCGCCUACCUUCUGGUACCUUCCCCCACUCUACCUGUCUCAGGGGUCUCAUCUGUGCCGUGAACAGCCGGUCGGAUGGAGCGGAAGUUUGCAAACUGACAGAAAGAGAUUGAACGACAUACUCGGAUACUCGUCUCGCUGGCCUCUCUAGCGCUAGUGCCUACAACCAAAUUUAGGCCAGUCGGACUCCAUUCGGUAAGGAGGAGCGUUUGGGAUGAAGCCUGUAAUUAAGCAUCGCUGUGUUCGGUGAAUUUUGUCGUCCACAGGUUUCUUUUCAUUUUUGCAUUACAUGUGUGGUGACGAAAGCCUCAGACCUAUAAGGCCCAUUCACACCAAGAACGAAAACUAUUGCGAU